AUGGGUGGGACAUAAAAACACAAAAACGGCAUUUCUGUCCCUCCCACUUCUUAAGUUACGCCACUGUAUGGAUUAAGAGCCACAUUUCUCAGCACUGUAACCAAAGCUUACAAGUUCUGUCUUAAUAAUCGGUCAGUUUGAGAUUCAGAAACCAGGAUGUCCAGCACUGUCAUACCCGUGAACUCUUCAACGCUCGUAAUCCAGUUUCAACCAGCAAUUCAAACAAAUCCUGUUUCACCUCUUCAUGGACUUCAGGCAUUUCUGAAAGGCCAACCGAAAGCCCUUGGGACGGUCCAGAUAAUGAUCGGUGUGCUGACUCUCCUGUUUGGCAUUGUGUCUACAGUCAUUCCAUAUUAUCCAUCUAUCUUUAUCAUUAGUGGUCUUCCUUACUGGGGAUCUCUCAUCUACAUUACCGCAGGCGCACUCUCCAUUGCUGCAGAAAAUAACAUUAAUUCACCCUCCAGUUUGUGUCUGGUGAAUGCUUCACUUGGAAUGAACAUUUGCAGUAUCAUAACUGCAGGCAUUUCCAUUAUUAUAAUUUCACUGGAAUUGGGUCUAUGGUCACCACAGUGGGAUGAUAACAAAGGAAUCAGAGGUGUGUUGUUGGUGUUCGCCGUGCUUGAGUUUAUCAUCUCCAUCUGUCUGACAGCAUUUACCUGUACAGCCAACACCUGCUGUUGUCCUUCUCAGGUUUUACCACCACAGUCCUCUGAUUUCAGGCCCAUUCGUUUCCAGGAUCUUAAUAGCUCAGAGAUACCUGUGACCAGCAGCUCUUCCAUUCAUCACCAGCCUGCAGACACUCCUCCACAGUACAGCGAAUCCAAAUAAAAAUGGACAGUUUUCCCUUAUGAAACAAAAUAUAUGGGAAUGCAUUAGAAAAUAUAAUUCAGUAUAUUAAAUAAUACAUUUCCAUAUAUGGAAAACUAUACUGCAGGAUAUUCAUGGGCCAUGUAUGGCUACAUAUUGAUAUAUGUAAAACAAAAGUACACUUAAAAGGUGCACUGCAUUUUUACAUAUUAUAACUUUACUGAAAACUCAGUUCCUCUAGCUUGUGUUUACACAUAUCCAAACACAUAAUCAUAAACUUUUCUCUCACUUUAUUGUUGCAGUUACACAUUUCAUAUAUGAAUAUAUUUGCAAUGUAUAAAAGAAGCCUGCACAGAAAACAGUAUUAAAGUUUUGUAUUUUUGGACUGUUGGAUGUCUUGGCAACAUGGUUGGUGGAAAAUAAGAUUUGACUUUUAUAACUUGAGUACUUUAUGUAAUUUAUCAAUAUCAAUACAUGUGUAUCAAUUCCCAUAUGUGUGUAUGUGUGCUUGUGUUUGUAUACAAAUACACGAAGUACCAUAUUUUA